AUGCGGUACCUUUCCUUAUUAUCCUUGACGCUACUACUGAGCGGCGAUGCAUUCCCGAUAGCACUAUCCAAGCGAGACACCCAAGGCCAGGAGGGGACGUUUCAGCAAGAGCUGGACUCCGUGUUGUUGGCCAUGGUGCUAAUAUCGUCGAUCGGCGGAUUCCUCGUGUUCGUGAGCUUGUUGCUCUGGUGCGUCGUACGCCGUCGGCUCCGUUUGAGUGAAGAUGAACUCAUACGAGAAGAAGAGAACCAGGCAUAUCUCGAGCUCAACUCGGACGAGCAGGAGUUAUACUUCCAGAGCAAGGACUAUCUCUCACAGAACCCGUUCUUGAGGGGUGAGAUGACGUUAUCGCAGAGUUUGGCCAUCCAGGAGAAGGGAGUGGCGGCCUACGAGUUCCAGAAGGACCCCAUGUUGACCAACAACGACCUCAUGAUCUUGAACAAGUACGAGCUCAACUUCUUCAAGAAAUUCGAGUGCUGCAGCAUCACCAACUUGCCUAUGAACAACAAAAAUGAGGUAUACUACUUUGAGAGCAAGAUCUACUCGUUACCCGACCCCGAAAACACCUUGAUAUCUUUCGGGCUCGGAAUCAAGCCCUACCCGUGGUUCAGACUUCCAGGGAGACACGUGCACUCCAUCAGCUAUGAUUCCACGGGCUACAGGAGGCACAACCAACCGUUCAAGUUUAGCUACGAGCCUCCGUUUCCCAAAUGCAUCGAAGGCGACGUCAUAGGUAUCGGGUACCGCACCAGGAGCGGCACCGUCUUCUUCACCCGCAACGGCAAGAAGGUGAACGAGUUCAAGGUGGGAGGACAUGUCAAGAAUUUCAGGCCAGGCAUCACGGGACAGUUGUACCCUAUCAUCGGGGCCAAUAACUUGUGUUCGGUGCACGUGAACCUUGGCCAGGCUGGGUUCGUUUUCAUCGAGGGAAAUGUCAAGAAAUGGGGAUAUGCUCCUCGUGAAGGAACAGGGCCUGCACCUCCCGCAUAUAACAAGUUCAACAGCGACAUUUUGUUAGAAAGAUCGGAGAUAGACGAAGACGAAUUGAGUGAGCGCGAGGACGACUUUCCCCCCGACUUCUGGGAGAUCCACAACGGUGCCGAGGCCAAGGGCGACAAGUACAGCUACAAUGCCUACAGCGAGGUGGACUCGGUAGAUGAACGCAUCAGCUUGAAUAGCAUCUUGCCCCAGCGGCCACCUUCGUACGACGAGAAUGGCGACGAAGUCCAGGAGGGAAGCCCUGGCGACCUGGACGAGGACGCCAUAUUGGAAUCCAGUAGUGUGUUGCGCGAUCAGCCAUUACCGGAGCACGACCACGACCAGGAGUCAGAGGGGUUGGUGGAGGGACUGGAGGGGGAAGAGCCACGCCUGGCCGAGGAUGCCACAUACCACAACGAGACAGGUGCUCGAGACAGCGACGCCUAG